GCUCGCAUUAUUUUCAGAAAUAUAUUAAUACAUGCGAUAUUUUACACGUUCUUUUUUUUCCUUAAUAAUUCGAGCUUGCGUACACUUAGUGAACAAUUAAUUAACGAGCAGUAUGUUGCAAACAAAUUAUACAAAUGCAUAUUUCUGGCGGCCGCUUCACCGAAAGCCUCGUGGGCGCGCGUGCUCGUGAAAGUAAACAAUGGAGCGUAGCUCCAUCCGGCAGAUAGGUAGAUGCGGCAACAGCGCGUGCGUUCGCGCUCGCGCGUUGGCGAUCCAUGUGACAGAGAAGGAACGUGACAAAAGGUGGCGGAGGGUGACGCGCCGCUGCCGCCGCCACCGCUACCAGCUACCACCACCGCCGCCGCCGCCGCAAUCGGAGCGCGAGUGUUUGCCCGGGCGAGCCGGGUGUCGGGUGUGUUCCAUGCGUCGGUCUUCUACGUUUCGCGUACGUGUUCGCGCGCCUGCGACAGCGUGAAGUUAGCCGAGAUUUACGCAGUGGAGCCUCUCGCGCGCGUCAUUUCGCGGUGCAGGAAGCGCGACACGAGGGGAGCUAUCGCGGAAGCCCUUUAACGCCUCAACGGGUGACGGCUGGUGCACGAGGACGGUGACGACGACGGCCGACCGAUCGACCGAGCGAGCAAUCGAACGAAAGCAGAAGCUUCGCGAUACUCGUCUCACACGCCCAGCCAGCGGGACUGCUGCGUCACAUGGGCCGCGCUCAUUCGUCGAUACAGCCAAGUGACGUCACAAGUCGCGCGGCGAUUGGCUCGCGACGCGGUGCCCGGACACGUGAAUCGUGGCCGAGCAGGCAUGGCAGUUUGAUGCGCAGUGGUUUUCAGCACUUGUAAAAUGCCACCGCCACGCGCCAGAUCGAUCAGGUUAUAACCCGCGUUUCACCGCGCGCUCCGAAACGAUCGGUCCGUCGCGCGGUCGCGGGCAUUUCCCCUCGUAUCGGUUCGCCACGCCGUCGGCGGCUGGCUCGAUUCGAUCUAGCGGGCCACGCGCACUCCUCAAGAUCGUAAAUACGUGCGGACGUGUUUAGAUCGGGAGAGUGGAGAAGUGAGUGAGAAAGUUGUUGGAGCGAAAGAGGGAGGCGAAGGAAGGAACGAUAGUGCGCCAAUCACAUAAGUGUCCAAGCUAGACGGUGUGUGCGUGGAACGCGUGGGUCAGGACACACGACCGUCUUUUAAUUGAUCGUCAUACGCGGCAAGUCACGCAGUGAAAGAACGGCGAGGGCAGGGGGCCAGGUUUGCGACUUAGUCCUGUCGAUUUAUCACCGGCGUCCGGAACCGGCGGCGGCUGCGGCGUCGGCGUCGGCGGCCGCCGCAACGCCGGCGGUUCGAUGCGACGGAGUCAGCAGGAUCAUUCGGCGAGCGUUCGUGAGCACAGAGAGCCGGCGCAACAGCACCACCACCACCACCAUCACCGAUUCCCCCUGCCCUCCACGUCUGCCGUGACGGAACAGCAUACCGGUCGCAGGAUGAGCUUGGAAACAUUGCUACAAGCGGCCUACUAUGUCGAGCAGGAGGAGAAGAAGCGAGAGCGGCUCGCAAGCACUUCCUCCUCCUCCUCCAUCGACCAACAGUCGUUCGCGUCUGUACCACCCCACUCCAAUCACACUUAUGCUUCUACGGAGCCACCACGUGGUGAGUAUCAUGCGCCGCUUCUCGACGACCUUUCACGACGCAUCGUCGCGAUGUAUGAAAAGACGGCGGCAUUGCGUUCCAUUGCGUUGCGACGCGGACGGAACACAAAUGCGAAAGUUGCGAGUAACUUGUUAACAACGGUAGGCGCUACGCUUCAGGAAGAUACAGAAAUUUUUUCUAGCGGUGAACGAAAGCUCCGCGUAGAUGCGAUUUGACGUAAAUACCUUUUCGACUGACUUCCUAGUCCGCGGAGCAGGCAGGAUGUCGCUGCGUGAUACGCGCGUGAUGAACAACGAAAGGAAGCAAUAGCAUUACUUUGUCGUCCAUAAUCGCGUCUACUUUGACCGAGAGGCAUUGGCACGCACGCAAAAUGCGUGCAAUGACCAACGCGUUCGUCGCCUCCAAAUUAGGUACGAUUUACCUCGUGGCAGUGCUUCUCAACCGUCUCGAAUACUUGGAGAAAGUAAGGAGACUCUAGCGUACUGUUUGAUAUACUUCGGGACAAUCAAUCUCAGUACCGAUCUGUUUAGACCUCGUAUUGUUUCUCUUUCAUGCUCUCAAACUCACUGUAAAAUUUUUUCGGGAAUACCGCACAAGACUCUUGCUAAAAAAAAA